AUUUAAUAAUGUUUGUCUUUCUUUCCCAAACUUAAAGAUAAAGACAAAAAUUGUGUUGGCAUUGACAAUAUUGACAUUGACAUUUACCAAUGACAUACAUAUGAUAUAUAAAUGCAAAAGAGGCAAAAAACAAAAAAAAAAACCGUCAACAGAAAUUUAUAUUUUAAUGAAAUCAUAAAAUCUUUAUGAAAUAGUUACUAAUAAUAACUACACAUUUGAUUUGUAAAUUAAUAAAAGCGUUAAGAGACGAGAGCAAAAGUACUGAAAUGAAUGUUGAUGAGACUGGUAUGGAAGUUGACAAUGGUGAAAAUGAUGAAGAAACUGUUGUAAUAACAGAGGAUGCAGUUACUAAUGUUAAUAUCGAGGCACCAGGGACUACAAGUGAAAUCGAAAUAAUAAGUCAAACGAAUUUUCAACAAGAUGAUAUAAACUCAACCCCUAAUAAUAACUUAGUUGAAUCCAAUGCCACUCCUUCAGAUUGUGCCACAACUCGAAGCCAACCUUAUGAAGACGAUGAGGAGGGUACACUUUGCCCAAUAUGUCUCGAUAACUGGACCAAUUCGGGAGAGCACAGAAUAUGUUCACUCAAGUGUGGCCAUGUCUUUUGUCACAAAUGUGUAACACGGUGGUUGGACACUCAGCAACAUAAAUCUUGUCCUACAUGCAAAAAACGAGCCAGAAAACAGGAGAUACGAUUCAUCUAUGCCAAAAAAUUAAUUGCUGUCGACAAUUCCGAAUUAGAAGCUUUAAGACAUCAAUUAAAUUUAGUGAUUGAAGAAAAACAUAAAAUUCAACUGGACUUAUCCAAGUACAUUUGCCGAGAAGGGAUAUACAAACAAAAUAUUGCUCAUUUACAAAAUAAGAUUGAAGAACUAACAAGUAAAGAAGCAAAUUAUAGGUGCUCAGAAAUUAGGUUGAAUGAAGAAACAUCUAAUACUCAUUCAAAGCUAUAUAUGGAAAAGUCAUUGGAAAUAUGCAAACAAAAUGGGUGCAGAGUAUUUGAUUCAAGUACAAUUUUAGAUUUGAUUAUGGUUUCAUCUAAGUCUCCAAAUAGCUUAUUUGCAGGAUUUGGCAUCAGAAAAAUAAAUAUGUCUCAAUACAAACCACUAGCAUUUAUCCCCCUUCAUCAGCAACAAAUAAGAGAUAUAUCUUACUGUGCUGUCAAUAAUAGGUUGCUAACUGUAUCUAUGGACAAAACUUUUAAAGUUACAGACCUUUCAAGCAACAAAGUUCUGUUUGCUUCAUCUUUAACGAUGCCACUGUGGUCGUGUUGUUGGGAUAAAGAUAAUCACAAUUAUUUAUAUGUGGGAACUCAAGCUGGUACUUUAGUCAAAUAUGAUGUUCGUAGUUUGGGUGAACCAAUUUCUACUUUAUCAAUUCCUGGUGACAUGUCCCCUGUUGUGUCAAUAGCUUCAAUUUCUGGAGCUCCUGGUACAGAAUUUCCCCUUGGUGGUGUAAUUUCGUGCAAGUUAAACUCAUUAUGGGUUUUUGAAAAUGAGGGAAACGAUUAUACACAACAUUCAAUUUCAUUAAAUGGACCAUUCGUUAGUAUGAAAUACCACAAUGAAACAAGACAGAUGCUCAUUUCCUCUAGGCCUAAUAACUUAAUAUCUCAUUCUAGACAUUCCUUAUGUAAUUUAAGUAAAGAUUUGGAGGGAACUGUAAAUUGUAAUAUCAUCCACACGUUUUCAGGGGGAGGUAUGCAGAAAUUAUUGUCUAAAUCGUGUUUUGUUUUCGAUAAACAGGAGUACGUGGCUGCAUAUGAAGAGUCCAACAAAUGUGUUUUUCUGUGGAACAUUAAUACAGGCCAAAAAACGUGUUCUUUGCCUGCUCGUGAGGCUGUGCUUGAUUUAAAAGGAAUUAAAACGUGUAAUGGUAGUUUUUUAAUAUCUUUAACAGAAAGGAAAAUGGAGUUUUUUAAGUUUAAUUAAGAUUGUACUUUAUAAUAAUUAUAAGUAAACUUUUC